AAUGGCUGGGCGAGGAGGGCGGAAACGGCGCGCGGUGACAGCUGGGUACUUCCCUACUGAUACAGGAAGACCGAGACGGAACAAGCCGAUUGAGCUAGCAAGCGCCCACGGAAAGCAAACAAAUUAAAACCGAAAUCAGCCCUAGUUUGAGUGAGAAGGUAUGGCUGAGCUGGCGGGUUUGGUGCAGCGCCUGGAGGUGGCCGUGGGACGCCUGGAGGCCGUCGCGGGGGGCGGCGGCAGCUCUGCUGGGGGAGGCCCCGAAGUGGUGUCUGCGUAUGUGGAGGCCUAUGAUGACUUCAUAUCUGGACCUGUAGCGCAGUACUUGGUGAUCAGCGGGCAGAUUGGGGGCGAUGUUCAGAAGCAUGCGGAUAUGAUGAAGAAAGCUUUCACCUGUCAGAGGCAGUUCCUGGUCACUGCCUGCAACUCCCAGAAGCCUACUGAUGCCGCGCUGUCGUCCCUGCUGGCUCCUGUGUCCGACAUUAUCCAGCAGGUCCAGUCCUUCCGUGAGCAGAACCGUAGCUCUCCGCUCUUCAACCACCUGUCUGCUAUCAGCGAAAGCGUCCCUGCCCUUGGCUGGGUUGCCAUGGCACCGAAGCCAGGCCCCUAUGUGAAGGAAAUGCAGGACGCUGCCAUGUUCUACACCAAUCGUGUUCUUAAGGAUUACAAGGAGAAGGAUAAGAAGCAUGUGGACUGGGUGAAGGCCUACCUGGCCAUCUGGACCGAGCUGCAGGCCUACAUUAAGAAGCACCACACCACAGGCCUCGUCUGGAGCAAGACUGGUCCGGUUGCCUCCGCCUCCUCUGCAGCUGUACGCCCUGCUGGUGGGGCUCCUCCUCCACCGCCGGGGCCCCCACCCCCUCCCAUGGAUUUCAGCCAAUCAUCUACUGGCGGCGACUCGAGCGCCGACUCCCGCAACUUACUAUUUGCUUCCAUCAACAAGGGUGCCAACAUCACCAAGGGGCUGAAACACGUGUCUGAUGACGAGAAGACUCAUAAGAACCCGGCGCUGAAGACCCAGGGAGGAGUCGUGCGCUCCGGGCCAAAACCUUUCACUUCACCCCGUCCUGCUCCGGCCGCCGCCCCCCCCGCCCGCACUUUGCCCCCCAUGCUGGAACUGGAUGGCAAAAAGUGGAGAGUGGAGAACCAGGAAGGCGCUCAGGGGCUGGUGAUUGACGACACGGAGCUCAAGCAGGUCGUCUACGCCUACAAGUGCAACAACAGCACCUUGCAGGUCAAGGGCAAGCUGAACUCCAUCACCAUCGACAACUGUAAGAAGUUUGGCCUGGUGUUCGACGAUGUCGUCGGGAUCGUGGAGGUCAUCAACUGCAGGGACGUCAAGAUCCAGGUUAUGGGCAAGGUGCCCACCAUCUCCAUCAACAAGACAGACGGUUGCCAUGUCUACCUGAGCACUGAUUCGCUUGCGUGCGAGAUCAUCAGUGCCAAGAGCUCGGAGAUGAACGUGCUGGUGCCAGGCGCAGGGGGAGAAUAUACUGAGAUUCCUGUACCUGAGCAGUUCAAAACCGUGUGGGAUGGCAAGAAGCUGGUCACCACAGCAACCGAGAUUGCAGGAUAAAGCAGCCCACGAGAGGCCGCCCCCUUUUGCAAAUGCCGACCUGACUAACCGACCAAUCACAAAGUAGACUGAGAUGCCAACCUCUCACACAUUUCCUAUCAUCCAGUUGCAGCUGCAGCCCCUACCUUCCUUUUGCCAAUGAGAGGACUGCUUGCUUUAUGUGGAGCAAUCCUACAGCCAAUUGCAGGGGAGCGACUUCAUUCCGUUCGGUACACAGGGCUUUAUCAGGGCCACUGGGGAAGUGAGUUCAUUGAAUGGUUUUAUUUUCAUUUUGCCAAUACCAAGCUUCUGCUUUAUUUUGAACAUUCCAGCAGCCAAUUGCAGGGGAGCGACUUCAUUCCGUUCGGUACACAGGGCUUUGUCAGUGGCCACUGGGGAAGUGAGUUCAUUGAAUGGUUUUAUUUUCAUUUUGCCAAUACCAAGCUUCUGCUUUAUUUUGAACAUUCCAGCCAAUUUAGGAAGAUGGUUAGUGAUUCAGAAAUGGCCAAAUCAAAAAAAGUAAGGAUUUGUCUGCUUUUCUGUUCCAUUUUGACUCCUCAAGCAAUCGGGUUAUGUUGUGCUGAUUUCUGCAACCUCAUGUGGGAGGGUCAUUUAUGUCUGAUUCUUGUUUCCUUGUUCUAGUCAGGGGGGGCAGGCGUACGGGAGGGCCAAGGUGGUUUUUGUACCAUAUAUGCAAUUCAGCUGUAAAGCACAUUUACAACUUUCUGCAGUCAUUGAUACUAUCAUUCAAGAUGAUGAUGAUAAUAAUAGUCAUAGAAUUAAUGACAGAAUUUGUGUCCUCGUCCUCAUUAAAAAUCUAGAGAAAAUAACGAGUUAUGUGCAGGAACACUGUUGUCUUUUUUUAUCAUUAACACUGAAGAAAAACAAAUGUAAAAAAAAUAAUAAUAAAAAAUAAACACCAAAAGUCUUCUUCAUCUCGUA